CAACACUAUCGCGAUUUCGACAGCUCUGCAUCGGUAUUUAAUUGGUUUUCUGGAUUAACCUGCAUCUGGUCACACCUGCUGUCACAGUGUUUUUGGUGUUUUUGCAUCAUGGCUAGAUUUUUUGCGAAAAAUAUAUAAACUAGUGUAAUUUGUAUUGUGCAUUUGUGCGACGACAAGUGGACACGGCCCCUAGCCAGAAAUCGGGGGAUAUAAACUAAUUCCCCCUUGUGUCAAGAUAUCGCGCCAGUGUAAAUGUUCCCCUUCAAGUGUGUGUGUCCCUCUAACUGGAGAAGAAGCGUCUGAUAAGCAGCCAUCUUAUAAGAAUGGCGAGUGAAUCGCUGCCAAAUCUAUACAAAAGUUAAAACUAUUGCCGCGGCGGAAGGGCAUUCAACGUUUUACAAGAACAAUUGCAAUAGUGAAAACAACAACGCACCCAGACAUGUGCAGCGCGCAGCUAAUCUAUUGUAAAUAAACUGCGUCUGCGUCCAUUGUGAACGUACACCUUUUCUCGGUCACGUACGCCGAUUCCGAUUCCUCGAUUCCCGAUUCCCCGAUUCCGUUGCACCAUCAGUGCGGAUAACUUGGAAUUCGCGAAAACACAGGUGCGUGCCCCACAUCCUCCAGCGCCUUCGUAGGGGAUCGAAAAGGGAGGAGCAACUGAGCUGCAGCAGCAAUCGGUUCCAGAUCGAAACAUAGAACUCCGAGAGAAAGGUGUCUCGUUGAGUAUUUAGAAGACUAGACUCAGAAUAAAACGAAAACGAAAUCAAAGCUGGGAGGAAAAUGAAAAUGUCAGAGGUGCCCCGCAUAAUGGUCUUUAGACCCACUUGGGAGGAGUUCAAGGACUUUCCCAAAUAUGUUGCCUACAUGGAGUCCCAGGGUGCCCACAAAGCUGGUCUGGCGAAGGUGGUGCCUCCACCAGAAUGGGUGCCGCGUCGAAGUGGGUACGAUGAUCUGGAUGCCCUGAACGUGACGAUUCCGGCGCCCAUUUGCCAGGUGGUCACCGGCAAACAGGGCUACUACCAACAGAUAAACAUACAGAAGAAGCCACUGACGGUCAAGCAGUUCAGUGAACUGGCCAGCACCGAGCGUUACGCCACUCCCAAACACUUUGACUUUGAGGACUUGGAGCGAAAGUAUUGGAAAAACAUAACAUAUGUGGCGCCCAUUUACGGUGCAGAUGUCAGUGGGAGCAUCACAGAUCCCGACCAGGAUAGCUGGAACAUUAACCGGCUGGGCACCAUCCUAGACUUUGUUAACAAGGACUACAACAUCCAGAUAGACGGCGUAAACACCGCUUACUUGUACUUUGGCAUGUGGAAGACGACCUUUGCAUGGCACACGGAAGACAUGGACCUGUACUCCAUCAACUACCUGCACUUUGGGGCGCCCAAGACGUGGUACGUGGUACCGCCGGAGUGCGGCCGCAAGUUGGAAAAGGUUGCCAACCAGUACUUUCCGGCCAGCUACAAGAACUGCAACGCCUAUCUGCGCCACAAGAUGACGCUCAUUUCACCGCAAAUCCUCAAGCAGCACGAUGUGCCCGUCAGCAAGAUCACGCAGGAGGCGGGCGAGAUCAUGAUCACGUUUCCAUUUGGCUACCACGCCGGCUUCAAUCACGGCUUCAACUGUGCCGAGUCCACCAAUUUUGCGAUGGAGCGCUGGAUCGAGUACGGCAAACGGGCCGUGCAGUGCACCUGCAGCAACGACAUGGUCAAAAUAUCGAUGGACACCUUUGUCAAGCGCUUCCAGGGUGACCGCUAUGACUUGUGGAUGGAGGGUCGCGACGUGGGGCGUCAUCCGGAGGAUCCGACGAACGGGGUGCCCAGCGCAGCUCCACUGCCACCACACCUAGAUGUCUUGCUGUGUGAUAAAAAAAUGAAAAAGCAAUGCAACCCCACCAAGGCCAAGAGCUUCAAGGAACGCAAUCCCGAUCUGGAUCUGGAUGAAAUCCAACAGAAUCCCAACGUGCCCGACGAUGUCAAGGCCAUGCUGAAGGAGAGCGUGCUGACACUGGACACCGGUGAUCUGGGCGCCGAAGAGGGCGACUUUGCCAACGAGGACGCGAUGAGCCUGCAGAGUCCGGCGAACCUGAAGACCAAGCAGGAGCUGCUGGAGUACAUAGACGACGGCACAGAAGACGACGACGAGGAAGAAGACUUCAAGCGGCGCAAGCAGAAGCGCCGGUAUGAUGCCGACUACGAUGACGACUGGCUGGCGUCCAAGCGCAGGACGCACUCACGAAAUAGCAGUCGAGGUCGCAGUCCACGCACCAAGGACGACCGCUCCAUAUCGCCGGCAUCCUCGACUUCGUCGACGUCACGGGGUGCGAGACGUGGCAAGGCCGGCAACACGCCCCGCAAGACGCCAACGAGACGGAAAAAGGACACCACUGCCACAUCGCCGGCGGCAGCAACUGUGGCGAAAUCGCCCCCAACAACAACUGCGGCAGUUACACCAACCACACUAACCACAGCGGCAGAUGGCGGUGAUGGAGAUGCCAAAAAGGAGCAGCAGGCGUUGCAGUUUAUGCAACAAUCGCGUAAAUUUGAGGGAAAGAUACCAAAACUAAGUCAGCCGAGUGCCGGAGCAGCGGGAGCAGUUGGAGCAUCCACAUCCAAGUCUAGUCAAGAGCAGCAGCAACAGAUUGUCUACGUCAACAUGUUGCCCGCGGCCAAUACCCUAAAUGGCAUUCCACAGCAGCAGCAGCAGCAACAGUACGGCAGUACGGACGGCAACGUCUAUCAACUGCAAAAUGAAAUACUCUGUGAUGCAAACGGACAUGCCGUAACUGCCGCCACGGCUUCAUAUCAAACAACGGCCAGCAGUCCACAGCAGCAGCAGCAGCAGCAGCAGAAUGUUGCCGACAAUGUGGUCACAACUAUUAGUUCGUCCUCCAUCCUGCACACGAACGCCAACACCAACGGAGUGGACACGAUCUCCCAGCAACAACAGCAGCAGCAGCAACAGCAGCAACAGCAGCCACAGCCACAUUACCACUACAUCACCACCACCGGCGAGGAUGGACAAACCCCGACCACCAUAGUGUUUGAGAACUACAACGGCGGAAUGCCGACGGCAGUGAGUGCCGCCGCUCCAACGCCCGUUCCAGUUUCGGCACAGGGCAAUGCCGCCGCGACCACAACCACCACCGCGCUGGUCAACACGGACGGAACGAUCAUCGAGUUCGACGGCAGCACGUACGAGGAGUACCAUGUGCUCAAGAGCGAGCCGGGCAGCAGCGACUGUCUGAGCAACGGCAGCAGCGCCGUGGCCGCCGACAUCAUCAAGUACGAGCCGCAGCACGGCAUCGUCGGCGACGAGGAGGACGAGGAGGAGAACGGCCUGCUGCAGGUCAAGUACGAGGAGCAGAGUCUCGAGCACGAUACGGAGAACGACCACGAUCACGACCAUGACCACGAUCACGAUCACGAUGCAGAGCAGGAGCACGAGUACGAGGAGUACCAGGUGAUCAAGGCCGAGGUGGAGGCCGAGGCGGCGGAGCAGGCGGCCGGCACCACCAGCUACACGAUCAGUCAGGACAACCAGGCGGGCGCGGCCACGCCCACGACGACGCUGAUGUCGUCGAUGGUGCCGAAGUCGGGAUCGGCGGCGGCGGCCAAGCAGAAGCGCAAACGCAAGACGCGCGUCAUCGCCGACGACGAGCAGGGCGAGUACCUGGAGAAGAUGAGCGUGCGCGGGCUGGACAUUGCCCGCUACGAGCACAUCAUCGAUGGUGUGGCCUACUGCCUGGUCUGUGCCAAGAAUGACAUCUUCAAGACGUUCAAGAACAAGUACAGCUUCCAGCGGCACGCCUACCUCUUCCACGAGGGCCAGAACCGCAAGAUAUUCGCCUGCCCCAUCUGCAACAAGGAGUUCUCGCGCCCCGACAAGAUGAAGAUGCACAAGAAGGACAAGCACGGCGACGUGCCCAUGCCGCCGUCGGCCACGACGACGCCGCUAAAGGCUGACGGUCCGCCGGCGAAGCGGGCGCGUACCGCUCGCACUCCGCGCGUCCGCAAGUCCAAGGGCGGCGACGGCAGCACGCCGGCCAAGAAGCGGCUGGCCCAGAUCGACAGUGUGCUGGACGACGUCCAGAACGGGGAAUCCCCUGUCAAUGUGAGUCACCCGCAGCAGCAGCAGCAGCAGCAGCAGCACCAGCAGCAGAUGCAGCACAGUCUGACCACCACGCUGGCUCCCUCGCAGACGCCGGCGCAGCCGCAGCACCAGCUGCAGACGCUGCCCUCGCUGGACUUCAGCGGGAUGAUCCUGCCGGGCGGGGCCCAGCUGGCGCUGGCCAAUCCGGGGGCCACCAGCUCCGUGGGUCUGCAGCGCGGCCCAGGAACGCCCAAUGGCGGUCAGCCGACGGCGCCCACCACCACGCUGAUCUACUCGAACCAGCUGGAGCUGCAGCAGGCGCUGUUGCAGCAGCAGCUGCAUGGCCAGAGCAUCAUGAUCCAGGACCAGGCAGGCAACCUGGUGCCACUCCAACUGGACCCCGGAACCCAGGCGAUAUACACAACGGCGCCGCAGGCUCAGCGCCAGCAGCCCACAACGACCUCAUAUCAGACGACCCAGCAGCAGCAGCAACAGCAACAGCCCCAGCAGCCCGCCACCCAGUCGCAGCAGCAGCAGCAACAGCAACAGCCGCACUACGAGCUGGACAACGUGACCUAUCUGAGCUCCACGGCGGCGGCAACGCCGGCGGCUGCCGAGCAGCAACAACACCAGCAACAGCAGCAGCAGCAGCACGUAAUCGGGACGGUGCAGAGCUAUCAAAUCCUGACGCCGGAUGGCCUGCAGAGCUUCCAGCCCAAACUGGAGCCGGCCGAGCUGGGCGACCUUUGUCCCUACUCGCAGUACACCUUCACCACGCACGCCGGCGCACAGCCCACGCUGAAUGCGAACGCGCUGGACGCGCAGACGCAGCAGCAACACCAGCACCAGCAGCAGCAGCAACAACACCACCAGCAGCAACAUCACCAGCAGACGCAACUUCUUCAGCAGCAGCACCCCUUCGCCACGCACCACAAUCCGCAUCAGCAGUUUAUGGAGCUGAAGAACGAGCUGCUGAUCAAGGGCGGCGACGCCUACGCCCUGGACACCGCCUCCAUGUACCACCUGCCCUUCUCGCCCACCUCUAUGAUAAACGCGGUGAACGAUGUGAACACCUCGUCGCUGCUGGAAACCAAAGAAAUUAGCAGCAGCAGCACCAGCAGCAGCAGCAAUGUGUCCGCCGUGGUGAGCAGCAGCGGCGCCAGCAAUGGCCUCAAGCCAGCGGCCAAGAAGACUCCGGUCAUCCUGCUGGCCGCUCGCGGUGCCACCAAGCAGCCCUCAGCCCUCAGCAUACUCAACGGCAAUGCCAAGGCCGCCAUCGGAAACGGAAGCGGAAACGGAGGCGUCACGUUGGUGCGAGUCAAUGCCUCCAGUCGCAAUCAGCGCCAAGUUAUUGUUGCACCGGAAGCGGUUGCUGUGCAGCAACAGCCUGUGGCCGCCGAAGAGCUUCUGGCAGACGACGAGGAUCUCGACGAGGACGAUCUGGACGACGAUGCAGUGACUCUGGAUGCGCUGUCCUCCUCGACAGCCCAAAUCCUGCGAAAGUUCCGCAUACCCAAGGGCACGGCCGUGACGGCCAAGUCGGGGGACCACUACCUGGCCAUGCCCAUGCCGACGCCCACGCCCUCGCCGCCGGGCGUCGUCAACUUGGUGGGCUCCGGCGUUGAGGAGGAGGCCACCGGGUAUUUGGAGAACGAGGACGACAUCAUAGAGGAGCUGAACGAGGAUGAUCUGGUCGAGGAGAUAAUCGACGAGGAGCCCAGCGAGGAGCAGUCGGAGCUGCAGGAGGCGACGACCACCGAUGGCCUGGACCUGAGCAGCAGCACGAACGCACACGGGGCGGCCACAACGGGCGCCACAAUGCUGUUGGCUGCCCCCCAGCCGCCUCCCCUGCAGCUCCAGACAGUGUCCUCCAACGGAACGGUGACCUGUUUCAAUCUCCCGCCCAACACCAUCCUGCUGCAGUCGGCCGACGGCAGCAUAAUCGCCGCCACCCAGGUGCCGCAUCCCAGCAAGGCGGGCCAGCACCAGCUGAUAGCGCUGCCGGGCAACGUGGCCAUGGCCACCACCACCACCACCACCACCGGCAACGAUGUGACGUCCUCCCAGGUCCAGGCUGCGGCGACGCCCCAGGCCACGCAGACCCUGCUCCUCACUGCCGACGGCACGGCCAUUCCCAUCCUGGCGACCACUCCCCAUCAGCAACAGCAACAGCAGCAACACCAGCAACAACAGCAGCAACAGCAGCAGCAGCAGCAACAACAGCAACAGGCUGCCGCGGCUGCUGCUGCUCAGUUGUUCGCCGCGUAGGGGCUAAUGGGUGGCCAAAUGGGUCGAUUUUUAAACAGUGCCACCAUAAUGCCGACCACUUACUUUUUCUAAAACUCUCCGAAAUAUUCAGCCGUGAUUCGGUUGCUCAUGGGACAAGGCUAAAGCAAAGCUUUGUUCUGUCGGCAACGUUUAAUUGUUUAGAUAACAAAACCCUAAGAAAACCCUUAAGGAACACGUUAAAAAUCGUCACAUUUGGCCACCACAUAAACUGAAAAGGGAUUGCGAGUUUCUACAAUGGGAAACUGAAGCGUGUAUAGUCGUCACACAAUGAAUAAUAACUCAAACCAUAAGCCAAGCUAAACAAACUGAUAUUAUCACACUGUUGGAUGUGCAUACGAAAUUUAUUUUUUUAUUCAAAAACCAAAUGCCUACAAGACUACAAAUCAAAUGUUGUUCAACACACAGUCACACACACACACGCGAAUGGUGUUGCGGAAGAAUCAAAUAUGUACGUUUCAAGGCAUACUUAAGAGCAUCGUAAGUUUAAAUUAUUUGUACGCCUAAGCUAAAUUAAAUUUAAAGAAAAGAAAGAAAGAAAGAAAGACGAGACGAGACACACACCCCCAACCAGUUGUAACUAUUUUUUCCUGCCUAGAGAGCGGGCCAAAAUAUGUUUAGCCUAAUUUAGUUUUGUGAGAACUGUUCCGUUUUAUGAAAAGAUGAUAACUGACUUUUGAAACUCCAAGCGAGCGUUCUCUACAAGUACUUAUAAAUAUAAUUUGUUCCUUGCAUAAGAGAGAUAGACAGGCGACUAUGCAACGUAAUUCAUGUAGUAUUUACUCAAUAAGUUCUCAGUAUAUUUAUUUAUUUUUGUUAACCAAUCUUACUUGUGCACCCCCACACCCACCACCACCCCCUUGUCCUCAUUAUUUCUUUUAACGUGUUGUAUAUUCUUUACAUACCUAUAUAUAUAUAUAUAUUAUAUAUUAUAUUUUAUUUGCAAUUUUGUUAUGCCAUUCAUAAACAAAUAGGAAUUCAAGCAUAGCACUGACCUAACAUUACUCUAAGUUGUAGGCUCGAUACUUUAGACUAAAGUAUUUUUUUAAAAGAUUCUUGCGAAAACAACAACAACCCGAGAAUACAACAACAACAACACACUAAGCUAAGCGAAGUAGGUUAAGCCUAAAAUAACUUUAAUCGAUGGAAGACAAUGAUUCAAAAUAUAUAUAAAAAUAUGUAAUCUAAGACAAAUAAGCAAAAAUGAGUUGCACUUCUGUAAGAUAUACUUUAAAUUAUAACGAAGCGAAAAGGCAAAAAAUUAAGCAACUCGAGUAGCCUACAUUAUGUAUGAUACAAAUUAUAAAGCUAAUAUUACUUUACGUACACAUAUAUAUAUAUUUAUUAUAAACAAUAAAAUACAAUUUUAAAAAUUUAAA